AGUGCCUGAUUCAUCGCAUGACAAGCUUGGGGUAGAAGUCACAUUACAGGACCUCCUCCCACUGUUACCUCAAGAGAGGACUCUACUUGUGCUGAAUAGGCACUUUGCCUGACUUCCGUGACGCAUCCACGUGGCCCAGCUGGCAGAGAGACAAAGUGAACUCACUGCUGCUGGUUGCAAUGUGGUGGUAGUGACAUUUGGGGAGAUGUCAGGUGCAAAGAGAUGGCUGGAGGAAACUCAUUGUCCUUUCCCAUACUUCACAGAACCAACUCUUUCCCUUUACCAGAAACUUGGGUUAAAAAGGUCCAUUGUGUCUGUGUGGAGCCCAACAGUCCUAAGUUUUUAUGGUGCUCAGAUGGCCAAGGGGACACCUCUACCAAAAGCAUAUGCAGACAUUGAGGAUGAUCCACACCAAAUGGGAGGGGACUUCAUUGUGGACAAACAAGCAAAUCUUGAGUUUAUCUAUCACAGUAAAGUGCCAAGUGAUAGGCCUUCUGUAGAUCUCAUUCUUGCAUCAUUGAGGAGAAUGAAUCAGCCUUAAAAAGUGCCUGUCUGUGCUUGGAUGUACAUGAUUUAUAUUUCCAGGCAGAAACUGUUUAUGUGGGAACAAUUUUGGUUAUUGUAUACUAUGGUCCACUAUGCCCAUAUAUAACUGGCAUUGAAGCAACACGCUCUUGAUUGUUAGAAGUAAAAAGCACAUACUAAAACACAGAGAAACUGAAAAUACAUUCCAAUUUAAGUAAUAUUCCAUAAAUCCAACUUGCUGUAAUGAGAAUUUUAUUUUGUUUUAUCAUUUGUUUGUAAGAAAGAUAAUUUCAGUGGUUGUGAACUUACCAGUCCUAUCUUCAUUAGGCUGAAAUAUAUUUCAUGUUGAUUCUGAAGUUAGACUAAUCUCUCUGCACUAUUGAAAAUCUGUUGUAAAAGUUUGAUCUUCAUUAUUUAGCUGCCUUGAAGGGAGAAUUUUUGCUUUUCAGUGUUCUUAUCUAGUGCAGAAACAUAAAGAAUGCAGACUCUCAUACUUCUCUGAAAAUAUGUACUCAGUCUUUCAGUCACAAAUAAGCAUAUAUGCAAAUUUAGAAAUAUUUAUUUUUCCAACACAAGUUUUUAUAAAAAUAUUUGUAUUUGAUAUAUGACAGUUAGUUAGAAAGUGAAAUAUAUGCUCAUGGUCAUACUAGUCAGAGUGUCUGAGCCACUUUUGUAGCAUGGACGUAAAUAAUGAGAGCAAGAACCCAAAUAGAGUUGUAACAAAAAAAAGUCAUUGUUAAUCUCUACCCAAGUCCUUUUUAUAGGACUGUAGAGAAGAAAUAGAUUUGUUGUUCAGGAUAUGGAUAUCAGUAAUUUGCAAAUGAUUCUUUGCCUUUUUCAGUUUCUUUGCAUUUAAGGCUUUAGCACAUGAAGUAUGAUGUGCACCACAAUGCAGUUUAUCUCUUGCAGUCUUCGGAUGCAGCUUUGGUUGCUUUAUGUGAGACUUGGUAUUUUAUUUCUAUCAUGAAACAAAUAGUUAUUGGAGUAAAACACAUUAUUGGGUUCCUGUAGUAACUUUAUAUUCUAGACCAGUGGAAAGAUGGUGCUAUAAUGCUCAGAAAUUUUAGCUCUCUAUUUUGCACUUUCUAAGGUAGGUUUGGUUAAUCUCUCUUGAACAGCAGGACAGCAUGAAGGCUUGAGUGAAAACCCUGUGUGGCUCAAGCUGGAAAAAAUAGUGAUUGCAGUUUAAGAGAGUUUUCCUCUUCCCCCUUUUUCCCUUUUUCUAGCUUUUGUUACUACUAUGGAUUGUUAUGUUUUUGAAUAAAAUUAACAGAUGUUAUAUAUGAUA